CGCCCACUGCCUGCGCGCGGCUGUGCGGUGCUGUGAGCGUGCGGGAGCCAAAGUGCCGGUCAGUGAUGGAGCCGCUGCCAUGACAACCCCGGGCAGUCAGCCUGCGUGCCGCGCAGGGAUGCUCCCCAGCAGCCGUGCCGCCGGGGCUGGGAUGCUGCCGCCCUUCUGCACCCCGUCCUCCUGCUGCUGAGGGUGUCCGACAUCCCAACAUCAUCCGACAUCCCAACAUCAUCCGACGUCCCGCAGCCCGGCAUCCCAGCGCCCUGCGUCCCGCCGGGACCAGCCUGCCUUUGGGACCCCGCGCUGGGGCUGGAGGAGGAGAGGGACUGCUGGGCACUCGGAGGCCUUUGCCCGCUGUGCCUUUGUUGCUUCUGGACCCGCUUGCUAGCUCGCUGCAGGGAGUGGUGGUCUUUUUCUGCCGCCUGUUGUUGGCUUUUCUUUCAUUCUUUUUUUUUUUUUUUUUUUUUUUUCUUCUUUUUUUUUUUUUCCCCUUGUUUUUAUGGACUGCCCCCGCUCGGGGAGCUGCGAACUCGGGACAAGUGUGUGUGUGCGGGGCGGGAGCGCGGCGCAGCCCCCGGCACCUCCGUGCCCAAGUGAGCCUCGGACUGCUCCCGGGAAGAGCCGGCUCGCCCAGCGUCCAGCACCUUUGCCACUUCUCCUCCUCCUCUUCCUCCUCCCCCCGGCCCUCCCGUCCUCCUCCCUCACCCGAGGAUACUGGGGACUCCCUCCGGAUGCCGCUCGGCAGGCUCAGUGCUCGCAGGCUGCCUUUCCAGGGGCUCUCCUGAUCUCCGUGGAGCUCCGCAUCGCUCGCCUCCGCGCCCGCCCCGGAGUGCCCGUGCGCAGCGGAGAUGCCACCUUCCCCAAAGCUAUGGACAACGUGACUGUGCGGCAAGGGGAGAGUGCCACGCUCAGGUGCUCCGUGGACAACCGCGUCACCCGCGUGGCCUGGCUGAACCGCAGCAGCAUCCUCUAUGCCGGCAAUGACAAGUGGUGCUUGGACCCGAGGGUGGUGCUCCUGGCCAACACCAAAACCCAGUACAGCAUCCAGAUCCACAACGUGGAUGUGUACGAUGAGGGGCCCUACACCUGCUCUGUGCAGACAGACAAUCACCCCAAGACGUCGCGCGUCCACCUCAUCGUGCAAGUGUCGCCGAAAAUUAUCGAGAUCUCUUCUGACAUCUCCAUCAAUGAAGGCGGCAACGUCAGCCUCACCUGCAUAGCCACAGGAAGGCCAGACCCCACAAUCACCUGGAGACACAUCUCACCCAAAGCCGUGGGCUUCAUCAGUGAGGAUGAGUACCUGGAGAUCACAGGCAUCACGCGGGAGCAGUCGGGCGAGUACGAGUGCAGUGCCUCCAACGACGUGGCUGCGCCUGUCGUCCAGAGAGUCAAAGUCACCGUCAACUACCCGCCGUACAUCUCGGAUGCGAAGAGCACCGGUGUGCCGGUGGGGCAGAAGGGCAUCCUGAUGUGUGAAGCCUCCGCCGUCCCCUCCGCUGACUUCCAGUGGUACAAAGACGACAAGCGGCUGGCUGAAGGACAGAAAGGGCUGAAGGUGGAAAACAAAGCCUUCUUCUCCCGACUGACUUUCUUCAACGUCUCUGAGCAGGACUACGGCAACUACACCUGCGUGGCCUCCAACCAGCUAGGAAACACCAACGCCAGCAUGAUCCUUUAUGAAGAGACAACAACCGCUCUGACACCCUGGAAAGGCCCCGGUGCAGUGCACGAUGGCAACAGCGGUGCGUGGCGACGAGGCAGCUGUGCCUGGCUGCUGGCCCUGCCGCUCGCCCAGCUCGCCCGCCAGUUCUGAGCCCCGAGGCGGCCACGACCACCACAGCAGAAAGGAGAGGAAGAAGAUGUAUUCACUGUUUCUGAAAAUAAUCAUAAGAAUUGAGAGAGUUGUCCGGCCAGGCCUUCUGGGGGAGGGGGAGAGAGGAAAAACACGCAAAAAAAAAAAAAAAAAAAAAAAAAAAAAAAAAAAUUAAUAAUAAUAAUAAUAAUUCAAAGGGAAUUUGGAAAGGAGGGAGGAAAAAAAAAAAAAAUUAUCCAAGGCUUCCUGCUGAAGACGCAACGCGACUGAGUCUUUUUCUUUCCUCUGGUUAUUUUUUCGCCUGCCCCUUUUUCUGCCCCGUUUCGUCGUUCUCUGCUGUGGGUCAGUGUGGGGAUGGGGCAGCCCUGGUCCCCUCACCAUCCCCGCUCACCCGGAGCCCCUCCGUCCGUAUGCGCAGGUUUUUUUCUUGGCCGAGAUUUCCUCGUCUUCUCAUGGACUGUGCCGCCAUUUGUGUUCUGAAAUAUAUAUAUAUAUAUCCACAUAUACAUAUAUAUAUAUAUGUAUAGAUAUAUAGAUCUUCAACAGUUACACCACACCGCCACGAACGGAAAGGGAGGAAGGAGAGCAGUGCCGAGCCACGUUCAUCGUACGCCACGCGGACAUCGUGAAUGAUAAGGGUUCAUUUUAUUAAUUAUAUUUUCUGAUACGAGCCUAGAACUCUUAGUUCCUAAAAAACAAAGAUGCAAAAAAAAAAAAAAGAAAGAAAGAAAGAAAGAAAGAAUGAAAACCAGGAACGAGAGAGCAAGCGGAGAGAAGUGUGUUUCUGAGGAGGAUGGUGCUGGCUUGUCCCUGGGCGAGGAGCAGGAGCCCUGUGCUGAGACCCCUCACCCGGCCUGGACCACGGCCAUACAAACAGUUCCUCCGUGCAUCGAGGCGAAGGGAGACGCUGAAUCUUUUUAUGGGAUAUAUAUAUACAGUAUAUAUAAAUAUACAUAUAUAUAUAUAUAUAUAUAUAUAAUUUUUUUUUUGUUAGCGUUCCAGCCACAGUUCCCAGCAGGGUCCUUCCGCUGCCAUUACUGCAUGCUGUAUAUGGAGUUAGGUGUGUAUUGGUCCUCCGUGAGAUGAGGAGAGGUUCUCGCUCCGCACGUGCCCAGGUCCCAUCACCUUUCCACCCUCGGGUGUCUGGGGACAAGGGGACACAGGUGCUGCAUGGGGUCCCUCUCCAUCACCCUGUGCUGCGCACCCUUGGUGGUGGAAUAAAGCAAACCGAGGGAUGGACGUAGAUAUAGAUCUAUAUAGCUCAGUUUCAUUUAUAUAUAUAUAUAUAUAUAUGUAUAUGUGUGUGGGUGUGCGUGUGUGUGUGUGUAUAUAUAUAUAUACAUAUAUAUAUAUAUAUAUAUAAAAAGAAGGCGAAGCGAUCGGCACCCACCGCUGAGCCACCGGCUGAAAUUUGAGGGGGGGGGGUAGGGCACCUCAACGACUCGCUUUAUUUUUCACUGGUGGGGGUCUCUCCUGCAGUUUCUUUUCCUCCUUUGGUUUCCCUUCCUUCUCCGCGGCCGACAGCGAGGCGGGGGCACGGCGGGCGGGCGGCGAGGGGGCUCUCUCUGCCUCUAUCCAUUAAAACGAUUGUUCCAUGUGGCCGCUCCGUCUGCUUGUGGUGCUCAUUGCCCCCGCCGCGGCCGCUGGGCGAUGGGGAGGGCUGCUGGGAUGGAGGGAGGGAGGGAGCAGUGAUGAGGAAAUGGAUGGAGCAGCAGGAGGAGGUGAGCGCCGAGCCCGGAUGUGAUGCGACACAAGGUGAGGCUUCAGUGAGUACAUAGAGGGCCGGGGUGAGCUGACUGGUGUUGGAGGUGAUGCGGUGGGGCCGCGCAGGUCACAAGUGAGUUUUUGGGUGUUGGUGAAACCUUGCUGUUGGUGCGCUGGCGUUGGUCUCUGUUGGUGCGUGGAGGGGUGUUGUUGAUUGAGUCUUCAGCUUUCACUGUAGCCACCGGCUUCUCAAGGCGCGUGAGCUCCACCUGGCACAUGGCGUGUUGUGUGAGGAUCAGAGCUGGUCUGUAACGAUUGCAGGGCUUUUAAUAUUUUAUUUUUUUUUCCUCCUCUGAGUUUGUGCAGCCCGAGAAGUAGGCAGGGAGAAGGGAGAGAGAGAGCAGAGAGGAUAGCGAGGUGUUGUGAAAUGACGGCGCAGCAUCUCCCGGCCCCGGGCAGCAUGUGGGGACCUGAGGUUGGAGCAUCCCUCGAGGACGGGGAGAAAAGGUAGGGAACAGAGACCCCCACCCCUGUGUGCACAGUGCCCAAUGCACCUUUGGGCUGAUUGCGGCCAGCAGCAUUUGCAAAAUGUUCAGCUGUUCCCAUCCUUCAGGGAGCCCUGCCCUAAGCGAGGGUCCCUUGCUGUCACUGUGGGCACCAGUGCACCAUCACUGACAGUGCAGUGGAUGCAAGGCCCUGUUUGGAAAAAGGGGAAAAUCUCCAAAGGGACUUGCUGUGAGCCCCAGGGUUGCUUGUGUCUUUUCCCUUGGUGGCAAAUACUGUCCCUGUGGGAAUGGAGGUGCCCCCAGUACAUGGGCUUUAUCCCAAAGUUACCCUGUUGGCAGGGUUGCAAAGGCAUCCCACUACCAUGCAUUUCCCCAUGGGCUCGUGGCAUUUAAUUGCUGUUCCAGGGCAGGAUGGCCAGAUGCAUGCAGCUUUCUGCAUCCUGGAGUCAGGAUGGCAGAGAAAGAGGGGAUCAGUGCCAACCACAGUGCUAGAGCCACAGUGAUGGCUUUGUAGGAACUGCUGUGGCCACAUUUGUUGUGCCACGGCCACAGAUGUGUGUCUGUGCUUCUCCUGGGGGAGGAGAUGGAGCAGUGCAUGGCUGUUGGCUUUCAGGAAAAGAAAGUUGGCUGUGGCAAGGCAAACCUGGCAGGUAAGGGAGGAACCCUGCCCACCUCCAAAGGAUGCAUCUGGGGUUAAUGGGGCUCCUCCCUUUAUUUUUGAAAUUCUGAUAUUUUCAGUGCUGUAGGCAGGAGGUCAGAGGGCACAGUGCCAGGGUUUGAGCACUGCAGAAUUAGUUGGAGAGAGAGACAGAGAGAUGCUGGUUUAUGGGUGUGUUUCUGUAUUUAUUUAGAUACAUAUUUAUUUGUGUCUCUCAGUGAAGGGAGAUGAAUGUCAUGGCCUGAAAGAUGCCCUCGCUCCCUCUGGAUGUAGCUGUGCUCCAGGUGUUAGUGAUGCUUUCCUGUAUGUUGUGAAAGGAGCCCACUUGUGCUUGUGUUGUUCAGGACAGGGUUUAUUGCUUGUGCCACAGGUUUCCCAGUGUGUUAGCUGUGAUUCUUGCCUUGCAGGAAGUGAUGAUACGGAGCACGAAGGGAAGCCCUCUGGUCUGGGGCCACAGCAGAGAAGGGAGCGUGUCAGGCUGUCUCUCAUUGUUCUUCUUGGUUGUGACACAGCAAAAUUGCACUCAGGAGAGGCCAAAAGUGUCCAAAAAAGGGAGGAGCAAGGGCUCGUUCCCUUCUGGAUGGCUCUUCCUUCUUAACACUGCAUCCCAAUGACUGGUGCUUGUCAUCCUUUUACCAACCACACCAAGAAGUCCAAGAGUUUUGCAUGGGGGAUGGCUACAACCUGAUUCAGUUUUGCAGGUUGUACGUGCAGCUGUUGUUUUUUUCCUAAGAGGCAUGUAAAAGGCUGCUGGUAGGUGGACGGAGAGCAAAGGGACAGUGUCACCAUUGUAUCACCUGUAGAGAUGUGCACAGACAAGAAGGAUGGCCCAGCCGGGUGAUUUCCACCUCCAUGGCCACGAUCGAGGUGAGCUGUUUGGAGUCUUGGUGCUGCCCUAGCCCCAAUCCAUUUGGAUGUGCUGGAGCAGGUGUGCUCCUCCCAUCCCAGACCCCUCUCCCAGUGUGUUUAGGGAAGCACUUACCUUUCUUUCCAGUGCACACAGCCAAGGUGUCCCUGAUAGAGCCAUAUGCUCAAGUGGUUGCAGGCUGUGGGAGGCUGUCACCAUGAGGAGCAGCUGGCUCAGCAAUACGCUCUGAGGACACUGCUUUCCAGCUUCAUGUCAGGAAAGGCAAAGGGAGGUGCAGAGCAAGCAAUCAAUCUCCUUAUGGGUCAGGCGUUGCCCCAGAGCAUCUUGCUGCUCUUGUGCUCCUAGCAGCCUUCCUACCCUCUAACACAGCUCUGAGAUAUCAGCUUUGGGGUUUCUGCAGGAAAACAGGGCCCCUCACUGAAGAGCAUCCAUCAGUGGGAUGGGAAAAUGGUCCCAAGAGGCACAGGUCCCUUCCCGUAGCCUUCAUCCGUUGAUGAAAGCAUACUGUCUGUGUCUUGUGGAGUCACGUCUUGAUAGGCGCAAAGCACUGUUAGGAGCAUUUCCUCUGCAGUGGCAUUCCUUGCACAGAAGUAGGUUUUUUGGAGCAAACGUUGUUAAGAGACGAUGACACAUGAGACAACACAGCCACCAAAAGGAAGAAUCCAGUGGUGCUUCUGCUGAAGGUAGGCGAGUGAACAGAGCAGAGCCGGUCCUUCCCCUGCAGGGCUCCUGAAAUAGGUAUGUGCUUGUCUGUGCUGCACGACCCAUCAGCAGAGGACAGACGUGGGGAUAGGGAUGAGGGAAGAGUCAAAUAGCAGCGAGGCACAGAGCAAGGAGCCUGGUUGGGAACCAGACAAGCCGUGGGGC